CUCCUAUUUAGACUUCCCCCUAAUAUAAUCAGAGGACUGUUAACCGUUGAUUUGAGUGAGGGCCAACAUUAAGAAUUUUAAUUUCGAUACAAUGAGCGAAUACUUAAGUCAAAACUGUGUCGAUCUGGUAUAUGAUGUUUACGAUGGUACAGACGACGACACGUUUGCUAAGCCAUUACCACCCGUGGUCAUCUUUCACGGGUUAGGAGACUGCAAAGAGAAUUGGAAAUACAUAGCAUCUUCCAUAGCCGAUAGGACUGUUAGAAAGGUUUAUGUACCAGAUAUUAGAAAUCAUGGAAAAAGCCCGAAGACUUCAAAUAUGACACUCGAAGCAAAUGUCAACGACUUUGAAAAAUUUCUUCGAUUCAUUAACGAGCCUGUCAUCGUUAUUGGACACAGUUUUGGAGGAAUAACAGCAUUAUAUCUUUCAUUCCAAAAGAUAAAAUGUUUAUGGACGUUAUGUCCCGAUAUGUCGGGUCCCGUCUCUCCUCGCCCUAUCGCACACACUGUGGAUUUGACCGAACCCGUGGUGGGUAUGGAAUAA